CCCCACCACUAUACGACGCAACAUAUUUUAUAGAAAGCCAAGCAGCCAAGCAGGACCCCUCAGUCUCCAUCUCUCUUGCUGCUCCAAAAAUGGGUAUAUAGGGAAUCUAUCUUCAAGAACGUUGGAGGUGAAAUUUUCCUCCACGUUUCUUCACUUCUCUGCAAACCCAUCACACAUAAGCAAGCAAAUACUGAAUCAUAAGUUUUAACAGACAAGGAGAGAAGAGAGUUUAGAAUUAUCAGCUUGUGAUACUUUGUUUGAUUUUUAGUUCUAGCUUCUCUGCUAGUGGUAUGGCUUCUUAGUAAGUUUUACAGAGAUGGGGAAGGCUAGCAAAUGGAUCAAAAGCUUCUUGAAUGGGGGGAAGAAAGACAAGGACAAGGACAAGGACAAGGACAAGGAGAAGGAGAAGGAGAAGGAGAAGGAGAAGAACUGUAGUAGUCAGAGUCAACCCUCUUCCAUUGCAAUUGAGAAUCCCACAACACCCAUUACAAAUCCACCUUCCACUCCUAAGGAGAAACGAAGAUGGAGUUUCAGGAGAUCGUCGGCCACAGCUAUGGCUACCAAGGAUUUCAAUUCUACAGAUAUGGUUGUUUCCACCACUGCAACAACAGAUGUAAUGGUGGAAGCUGAGAAUGAGCAGAAGAAGCAUGCCAUGGCUGUCGCCGUAGCUACGGCUGCAGCUGCCGACGCAGCUGUGGCGGCAGCCCAGGCAGCAGCCGCCGUUAUCCGCCUUACCAAUGCUCCUACUCCGGCUAGAACAGUUGUAAUUGAAGAAGCCGCCGCCAUCAGGAUUCAAUCUGCCUUCCGUUCUUACCUGGCAAAGAGAGCAUUAUGUGCGUUGAGAGGAUUAGUGAAGUUGCAGGCGCUGGUGAGGGGUCACCUGGUGAGAAAACAAGCCACUGCUACCCUCCGGUGUAUGCAGGCAUUGAUUAUAGUUCAGGCAAGAGCUCGAGCUCAGCGGCUCCGGAUGGCAGAUGAACCACAACCCAUUACUCAGAGGCAAUCAAUUCAUAGAAAAUCCUCGCAGGACAUCCGGCUGAGACAAUCAUACAGCGAGAUGGAUAGAGGCCUGGAGGAGAACAUUAAGAUUGUAGAGAUGGAUAUUGGCCAACAAAGGGGAACCUCAAAGAGCAGGAAUAGCUACUCUGUUUCUAACCACUCACAAGAACGAAUAGAUCCAAGAUUCUCUGCGUAUUAUCCAAGCAAUAGUGCAAACACAAAGCAAGAUCAAAUCCAGGUCUCACCUGCUCCAUCGGCAUUCAUUGAGAUGAGUCCACGAGCUUGCAGUGGUCAUUUUGAGGAGUAUUCAUUCGCUACAGCACAAAGCAGUCCUCAAUACUAUUCGGCCGUAUCCAAAUUGGACCCAACAAGAGCUCCUUAUGCUUCCCCUCGACAUGAAUAUGCAGACUCUGCAUCCACUGAUUACCCAUUCCAUCCAAAUUACAUGGCCAACACAGAAUCGUCCAGAGCUAAAGCAAGGUCACACAGUGCACCAAAGCAACGACCUGAAUCAUAUGAGAGACAACCCAGCAGGAGGAGGGCAUCAAUGGAAGGAAGAAAUAUUCCCAGGGGUGUUCGGAUGCAGAGGUCAUCUUCACAUGUAGGAUCCACUGCUCAUGGCUUCCAAUAUCCAUGGUCAAUCAAGCUUGAUAGAUCCACUGUGUCACUCAAGGAUAGUGAGUGUGGUUCCACAAGUACAGUGCUGACAAAUACCAAUUACUGCAGAUCUCUUGUUCCAUAUGAGACUUGCAGUUAGUUGCUGCAUUGGGUUUCAGUUAAUGGCUGGUUUCUUCAAAGUCUAAUUUUCCGUUAAAGUUUUCGUAUUUUGUGAGUGAAGCAACAAGGUAACAGAUUCUGAAAGUUCUCAUCUCUUCCCCUCCAAAAUAAAAUUGUUAUUUCUUUGCUAUAAUGGCGGCUCAUCCCUCACCAGUCACCUUCAAAGUUGAAGAACAGUGUGGAAACAGAGGGUGAUGCAAGCUUCAACAGAAGAUUGUUCAGAUUACAGAGUACUUGAAGUAGAUGCAGCUCAAAAUAACCUAUUGUAUUCUUUUGGGAGUUUCAAGUGUCUCAACAGGGGAAUCUUAAUUCAAGAUCCUGUUACAAAGUCCUGGUUUUGCUUUGGGUGUUUACAAUUUUUUUGUUGCUUAGCUUUAAAGAUUCAGGCUAGAUAAUGAUAAGGUGGCCUGCUGACAACUGAACACUAAGCAUGUAAAGAUAAUUCUAAAAAAAAUGAAAAUUUGAACUGAAUUAUGUUCUGCUAAAAGGAUUAUAGUGAGGAAUAUGAAGAAUUAGCCUUGCAUAAA